AUGCGCCCGGACGAGAACUUCAUUGACCUGGGCAGCAUGGCUCGGGUCGUGGACUCGCGCUUGCUGGUGCCGGAGGACGCCGAGCGGCAGUUGCAGAACCGUCUCCUUGCUGAGAACGCCGCCCCUCGAGGCCUCGUUCUGCAGCUGGCGCCCAAGAAGGCGCUGUGGGUGUUGUCCGCCCCUGCAAAGCGGACCGCGGCCCCGCCCGCGGCGAGCGGCGAGGUUCCUGGUGAGGUCGCAGGUCCCACCGCGGAAGUGGCCCCCGUGGCGGCGACUGGUGGAGUGGUGCCGCCGCUGGACGUGGGAGAGGGCGCGGACCCCGCUCCGCCUUCUGCUUCCUCAGCCAACCCCGCGGUGCAGAGUAUCGCUCCCUGGGGCCCUCAGGCCGGGAAGGUGAUCGGCCUCGACGCCGACGAGGCGGAGGGAACGGCGGCGGUGGAGACGAGGACGGAUGUCCCAGCAGCCGUGACGGGGACGGCGGCAGCGACGGAGGGAGGAGAGCCUGCCCCCGCGGCCACGGCAGGAACGGCGGCAACGGGGGAGACUGGGACGCCCGCCCCGGUGGCUGUGACGGAGGAGGCGGUGGCGACGGAGACGGGGACUUCUGCCCAGGGAGCCAUGGCGGAGGUGGCACCUGCGGCGGAGGCGGAGGUGCCUGCUCCGGAGGCCCCGACAGGGGCGGAGGCGCCUACCUCGGCGGUCGCGACGGAGGGCGAGGUGGCCACGGGGGCACUCGCUCCGCCGCCUGCGUUGGAGGCAGUGGCGCCAACGGGCGGGCCCGCGACGACCUCGUCGGGGGUAGGUGCGCGAGCGCUGGGACCGUCGGUGAGCCCGGCGGCUUCCGUGGUGGUGGAGCCCGUUUUGACGGCGGCGUCGGGGUCGGCUCCCGCCUCUGCCUCAGCCAUUCCCGUUCCCAAGGCAUGGAGAGGAUCCGUUCUGCAUUGGUCGUCUCGUGACGACCCGCCGAGACACCUCUUCACUUUGGAUGACGCCACGGAAUGGCGCAAGUGGCAGGUGAUGCAGGGCGGCCGCGUUAACACCCGCGCGACUCUGUCCUCGGUGUUGGGGGAGCUGGACGGCGUCGUCCUCCCUGGUAGCUAG